AGUCAGCGGUAAUCCAAAUCCUAAACGAGGCAGAGUACGCAUUCAAGAUGGCGACUUCAAAGAGUGCAAACACUUACAACAGACAAAACUGGGAAGAUUCGGAGUUUCCCAUUUUAUGUCAAACAUGUCUUGGAGAUAACCCUUACAUUCGGAUGACCAGAGAGACACAUGGAAGGGAAUGCAAGAUUUGUGCAAGACCUUUCACAAUCUUCAGGUGGUGUCCUGGUGCCAAGAUGAGGUUUAAGAAGACAGAAGUGUGUCAGACUUGCUCAAAGUUAAAGAAUGUGUGUCAGACUUGUUUGCUUGACCUUGAUUAUGGUCUACCAGUGCAAGUUAGAGAUAAAUCCUUAGGUUUGAAAGAUGACAUGCCCAAGUCAGAUGUUAAUAAGGAAUAUUAUACACAAAACAUAGAAAAUCAGCUUGCAGAUUCUGAUGGAACUACGCCUGGAGGAGCACUGGGUAAAGCUAAUGCACCAAGCGAUCUCUUAAUGAAAUUAGCAAGAACCACCCCUUAUUACAAGAGAAACAGACCACAUAUAUGUUCAUUCUGGGUCAAAGGGGAGUGUAAAAGAGGAGAGGAAUGUCCGUAUAGACAUGAUAUGCCAACAGAUCCAAAUGACCCACUGGCAGAUCAAAACAUCAAAGAUCGUUACUAUGGCAUCAAUGAUCCUGUCGCAAACAAGCUGCUCAAACAGGCUCAUAGUAUGCCAACACUUGAAACACCAACAGAUAGAUCUAUUACUACUCUUUAUGUGGGUGGUCUGGAAGGAAAGGUCAAUGAACAGGAUUUAAGGGAUUAUUUCUAUCAGUUUGGGGAGCUAAGAUCAAUCACUAUGGUUCCAAGACAAAACUGUGCCUUUGUGUGCUUUACCUCUCGUCAUUCAGCUGAAACUGCAGCAGAGAGGUCUUUUAACAAGCUCAUUCUGAAGGGGAGAAGGCUGAAGAUAAUGUGGGGUAAAGCCCAAGGACAGCAGCCAACGCCAGGCAGGCAGGGUGGUAUACAACUAACUCCAGUGCCUGGAUUACCUGGAGCUCUUCCUCCACCACCAAAAGAAGUCAAUGACCACCACCAAGGCAACAACUUCUUCAACCUAGAAAAACCAUCCACAUCAGGCCCUCCAACCAUCCCACCUCCUCCUCCAUCAGCCAUACCUCCACCACCGUCACAAAGAAACCCACCACCCAACCUCCCACCACCACCCCCCGGACCAGGACAACGAAUGCCCCCUCCCCCUAUGAGAAUGCCUGGUGGGCCACCUCCCCCUGGAUUUAUACGGCCACCACCUCCAUUUGGACCCCCACCUCCGUUUGGCCCUCCUCCACCAUUCUAUGGGGCUCCACCACCCCCUGGAGGAAUGCCACCACCAAGACCUGGACCACCUCCUGUUCAUUAUCCAUCUCAGGAUCCUCAGAGAUUAGGAGCUUCAAAGGGCUCACAGCAAGAGGAACCUCCUAAGUCUUCAUCUGCCAGCACUUGAAGAAUUAUGUUCCCACAUGGGCCUACUUUAAAUCUUUUAUCUAAGGAUAAAUCUGCUGUUCAUUAUCCAUCUCGGGAAUCUCAGAGAUUAGGAGCUUUAAAUUCUGGAUUCACAGCAAGAGAAGCCUACUCUUUAUAACAUUUGCCAGGUCUUUCAAUCUAUUCAGCUGAGAGUAAACUUAUUGAAAUAUACAUUUACAGACUUGUAAAUACAUCGAGGUAUCUUGUAUCUGUAAUCAUGCCAUAGAUAGCAGUUCAGAGAUAAAUUGAGAAAAUACAUGUAAAAGUUGCUGAAGAGUAGGUYGUACUUAAUGUUAUCAGGGAGAAAUGACUGUAAAAUGCUGUUAUAAACAUUCAUAAUUCAAUUGUAAUCCCCAGUACAUACACUGUACUUACUUUAUCAAUAGAAUUUUUUAAUAAUAUUUUAUCAGAGUGAAACUGAUGUCAAAUAGUUAGACACAACUUCAAUGAUGUACGAAAGCUUGAUAAAAUAAAUAAGUCAUGSGCAGUUCCCUUGUGAUAGCCUAGGUAGCUGCAUUCCUCCACCGCUACAUACAUGUAUGCAUCAAUUUUUACAGAAUGCCAAGCAAUGCAAGCUACCCUUAGGGUGACUUGAUAUAUUGAAUGCUGCUUUCAACAACUUAUUUUUUAAUGAUGCAUAUCAAAAUCACUAACAUAAUUAUUGAACUUGUCUCAUUCCAAUGGUUGUUGAUAACAUAAGUUUUUCCCCCAGAUACAUACACGUAAUUAGAUCUAGGCUUUGUUGCUAAUGUUGACUUAUUUAAGUUUUAUUCAAGUGAUUGGUUUUUUCAUGUAGUCCCGGUUAGUGUCUGCACAGGAACUAUCUGCAUUUAACAGACCUGGAGUGGAAACACUAAAUCCAUAAAAAAAGUAAUAAAUUGCUCACUAUUUAGUACUAAAUUGCACUAAUGAAACUUGAGAAAAACGUUGUAAGAAAUUGGACAAAUAGUAAGGUCAGUAGACCAUAGACCUACAAAA